ACAUAAAUGUUGUUGUAGAUCUACUUCUUCUUCACUUGGAUUAGAGUUCUGAUUUCAUUUCUAAGAAAAUAUUAGAUUUUUGCUUUGCUGUUGUUGUAUGGGGAGGAAGAAGACUAAGAAGAAGGCUGCAGGUGAUGAACAGAUCUGCAGAAGAAGAUUUGGGAAAUGGAAAUGCAAGAAUGCGAGCAGUGAUAAUAAACUAAGAUUUUGUGAAAAACAUUACAAAGAUUACAAAGUUUUUGAAGAUUUUUGUAGAAACAGGAGUAAACUUCCAACCAAGAAGAAGAGAAGUGGAGAUGGUGAAGGUGAAGGUUGUAGUGCUACUGGUGUGAAAACUAGGGUCUCGAAAUCAAGGAAGAAGAUAACGGACCAGUCCCUUGAUGAAACAGGAGGAAUUCAACCACCUACAACUGAUAUGGAAUGUGGUUCUGCCAAUGUUGGGACGAAGAAGUUGCAUCCAGAUGAACAGUAUUGUUGUCAAACUGGUAAAGGAUGGAGAUGCAAGAAUUUUAGGAUGAGUCAUGGUGCUGAUGCUAGUGUUCCUAAGACCAACUAUUGUGAAAAACAUUACAAUUAUUACGCAGAGUAUGAAAAGAAUCUUAAGAAGAAGAAGAGAAGUGGAGGUGGUGGAGGUGCAGAUGCAGGUUGUAGUACUGCUACUGGUCCUGUGGAAAUUAGGCGCUCGAAACGGAGGAAGACGGCAACGGAAGAGGAUGAAACAGGAGAAAUUCAACCAGCUACGAGUGAUGAUACCUCUAAUACAAUCAUAGAAGAUGGUGGUUCUCCCAAAAUUGGGGAGAAGCGGAAAACGGUGGAAAAAAUGGAAAGGACUGGAGACCUAAAAUCAUUAACAAAAAUUGGGGAACCUGUGGUUGUAUUGGAGAGUCUUGAGCAUUAUAAAAGUAAGUGUUUUGAAUUGACAUUGGAACUUGAGAAGCAGAAAAUGGAGCUUGAGAAGAAGAAUGUGGAACUUGAGAAGCAGAAACUGGAGCUUGAGAAGAAGAAUGCGGAGUUAGAAACUAAAAAGACUGCUGCUGAAGAUGAGAAUGCAGUUAAAUAUUGGAGAAACAAGUGUUCCGAUUUGGAGAGUCUAGUCCUGAAGAUGGAAGCUGAAAUUCAACCAUGCGUUGUGAAGUGUCUCGCGUUUCUAAUUUGGACAGCCUAGUCCGGAGGAAUGGAAAGGAAAGUUCAACAGUGAGAUGUGAAGAAUUGUGUAAUCCUGAAAAGAUUGAGUCUGAAGUGCGGGGUUUGCGGAAUGAAAUUACUGAAGCUGGUGAAAACCAAAGAGAUAAAGACAACAUGAGCAAACCUAAUGCUGAAACCAGCAGUGGAGGGAGGAAGGAUUCUCGUGUGUAUGAAUUGAAAACCGAAGAGAAGGUGCUGAAUGCGUAUGUUGAUCAUGAAUCAGAGUCUGAAUUUCCCAAAUACACUGCUGCGAACAUUUCUUCUGGAAGUCUACAUUUAGCACGCGGGGGUGGAAACAUUGAGGAAGGGAAUGGUUGGGGCUGUUCGGAAGGGAGACCAUUUCAACAUGGAUCGUCAUCUCAAGCUCAUCUAGAGAUGAGUAAGGAAAAUUUUGUGAACUUGGUCUCAGACUCAGAUGACGGUGGUGAUAGUCUUGGCGAAUCUGAAGAUUCUAUUGGCGCAAUGGAUAUGCUGGGGCCGAAAAAUUGUAAUAGGAACAAACACGAAAUGAAAUGGAAAUCAGAGGAUGAUAUGCUUUCUUCAUUUGAAGAGGAUCCUGAGCUCUGUAUGAGAGCUGUUUGUGCUCUCUAUCGACAAAAAAUAACCGAAGAUGAAAUAUCUCCCAAGGGGUUGGUCAUUGAGAGUGACACACUCAGGUGUAUUACUUUGGCCAAGUUUCUGAUGGACAACAACUGCAAAGGUGAUCUUAAGAAGUCUCUGAAAGAAUUGGAGAAAUUCGAUUUUAAAGCGGUUGGUGACUGCAAGAAGCUGGUUAGAAGAUACUCGCUUUAUUUAUUUGAUAUCUACGAAAACAGAAAAGAUCCUUUUUUCCUACCUUCUACAACUGCCAGCAAUGGGGAUCAAACUGCUAAGUGAUAGCAGAUUGUUGUGUAAGUGGCCUUAACUUUUUGCACUAGACAUUGCAAUCUUGCAUCUCCUUUUAAACAUAUGGAACGGAAAACCGAUUAACAUACUGCACUAGCAUAUUAUGGUCAGUAGAAAUAGAUAGACUUUUAUGUGAUAGCAGACAAUACUUUGGAUGUGUAUUUUUUUUUUGGGUCGGUAAAUUGAUGUACAUUUGCUGCGUAUUGACUUUGCAAUGUAGUAAGUUAUAUUAUGGUAGCUUGAAUUUUAAGCCUAGUGAUACUA